GAGAUGCUGAAGCUCUCCAUCAUUGACAUGAUUUUCACCGUGGCCAGCAUCUUACUGAUCGACUUCAUCCGGGGGCUGGUGGUCCGAUACCUGAGCGACUGCUGCUGCUGGGACCUGGAGAGCAAAUUUCCUGAAUACGGAGAAUUCAAAAUUGCAGAGAACGUCCUUCAUCUGAUCUACAACCAGGGAAUGAUCUGGAUGGGGGCCUUCUUCUCCCCCUGCCUCCCUGCCUUCAACGUCCUCAAGCUCAUCGGUCUGAUGUACCUGCGCAGCUGGGCCGUCCUCACCUGCAACGUCCCCCACCAGCAGGUGUUCCGAGCGUCCAGGUUCGAUACCCAGACACUCACAAAAGAUGAGGAGCAGAAAGUAGCAGACUUAAAGCCGAUUGUUCUGCAUUCACCUGGAGAGGACAGAAAUAUUUUGACCCAUUUCAGAGUAAAGACGCGGUUUAAAUAAUCACGUUUUAUUUAGUCACUUGUACUGAUUUCAUUUAGAUCAAAGCUCGUUGUGUCUGCCUUUUUACAGACGUCUUCUUCAGCCGUUUCCCUGGUCCACAUUCUUCUAUUUCAUUAAAGCAUUUUGUUCCACAUCCUGCUGGAAUAAUGCAGUUUGAAGUAAAACAGCCUCCCCAAACAUGGAGAAGUGAAGUAUGAUUAGUUCACUCCAUUCGUUGAUAUGAAUACAGGUGAUCCUGCAGGCUCUUCAGGAAAGCUUAAAGACCGUUCCUGUGUC